GGAGCUGCGUCUUCCUUCCGUUUCAGCACCGCGCGCAAUCGGCCUCUCAUCCCCUCUUCCUAUCGCCCGCCGCCGCCGCCGCCGCCGCCCGUCCGCUUCAGUACGACGUCGAGCAAGGGGAGGUAAAAGUUCGUUUGGCGUGCGCCAUGUUUAAGAAGUUCUCUUCAGAAGAUAUAUCUGGACAGAAUCAAGUUAAGGCUUCUGUACAACGAAAGAUUCGGCAAAGUAUCGCUGAUGAGUACCCCAGCCUUGAACCUUUGCUAGAUGACUUGCUCCCAAAAAAGUCACCUAUGAUUGUUGUUAAAUGCCAAAAUCAUCUUAAUCUUGUAGUGGUGAAUAAUGUUCCUCUAUUUUUCAAUAUACGUGAUGGUCCUUACAUGCCAACCCUGCGUCUUCUUCAUCAGUAUCCUGAUAUCAUGAAAAAGUUCCAAGUGGAUAGAGGUGCUAUCAAAUUUGUUCUAUCUGGCGCAAACAUAAUGUGUCCUGGGUUGACUUCACCUGGUGGUGCCUUAGACGACGAAGUCGAGGAGGAAACACCAGUGGCUAUAAUGGCUGAAGGAAAACAACACGCCCUGGCAAUUGGAUAUACAAAGAUGUCAGCAAAAGACAUAAGGACCAUCAACAAAGGAAUUGGUGUUGACAAUAUGCACUAUCUAAAUGAUGGCCUAUGGAAGAUGGAACGGCUCGAAUGAGUAGAAUUCUCUGAGGGGUUCAUAACUUGCGGCAGAUCGUAUUGAUGGACAUAUGAAACCAGCAGGACCCUAUUUGCACAGCUGGUAUCGUUUUAAAGAUGAAGUACUAAGAAGCUUUAUUUACCUGAGGCAACUUGAGCUUACUCCGACCCUUUGGUGUGGAGUGCAUGUCAGAAACAGGAUUAUGAAUGCUGUGUUCAGUGCUUUUCACAAAUUGUUGUAUUUUCACCAGAACAAUUUGCCCUCAAUUGGAAGUGAGGAAAUCCAUAACGAUCUAUAAGUUAUUUGAUCUUACAGUUUG